AGUCCGCUUCUUCGACUGGUCCCGCACCUCUCUCGGCUUCACCCACUCGCCGCAGUCCUUCUCCGCUCUCAUUCAUCUCCUGCUCCGCCGCCGAUUGCUCGCUCCGGCUUCCCGGGUUUUCGACACCAUGUUGCUUGUAACAAGAUUUUGAAGCUUCUUUGUAGAGAAAAUCAGCGAGGAGCGGAGGAUUUCUUUGAUGUGUUACUAAGGGUUGGUCCGGAGCCGAAUGUGGUGACUUUUAGCACCAUGAUUAACACGUACUGUAAGGAUCGGAGGUUGGAAGAGGCAAUUAAGCUUUAUGAGGUUAUGAAAGAGAAGGGUGUCAGUCCGGACUUGGUUGUGUAUAGCAUUCUUAUUGACGGUCUCUUUAAGGCAGGGAAGUUGGAGGAGGGGCAUCGACUUUUUUCUGUUGCAUUAGAUAGUGGGAUUAAGUUGGAUGUAGUCAUCUUCAGUUCUGUUAUGGAUGCAUAUGUAAGAACUAGAAAUUUGGAAAAGCUAGUGGAGGUGUACAGAAGGAUGUAUGACGAAGGGAUCUCACAGAACACUGUUAGUUACAGUGUUCUUAUAAACGGCUUGUGCCAGAAUGGAAGGAUAAUGGAGGCUUGUGGGAUAUUCGGUCAGAUUGUGAAGCAUGGUUUUGUGCCGUCCAUUCUAACUUAUAGUAGUUUGAUUGAUGGAAUAUGCAAACUGGGGAAUUUAAAAGAUGCAUUUAACCUGUAUGAGAGUAUGGUCAAGACUGGUUAUGAGCCUGAUAUUAUUCUUUAUGGUGUGCUAUUAAAUGGCCUUUGCAAGCAUGGACUGAUGAGUGACGCUCUUAGGUUCUUCUUUCAGGUUAUUAAUAGGGGUGUAAAGCCAAAUGUUUAUACUUUUAAUAUGUUGAUAGAUGGCUCCUGUAGAUUGAAUAGAUUAAAAAAUGCUGUGAAGGUGUACAACCAAAUGGGAAUGUAUAACAUAAGACCAGAUGUGGUGACGUAUACUGUGCUUAUUCGAGGCAUUUCUGAAUUGGGGAGACUAAAUGAUGCAUUAGUGUUUUUCUUCCAAUCAUUGAAGAGGGGUUUCUUGCCUGAUGUUGUAACAUAUUGCACCCUCAUUGAUGCUUGCAGCAAGCAGAAAUAUGUAUAUGCUGGAUUCCGGAUUUUUGAGAUGAUGCUAACAAAUCAAGUCAAUCCUGAUAUUACCAUUUAUAAUGUUCUCAUUAAUAUGCUUUUUAAAGAAGGUUAUUUAGAAGCUGCACGGACACUCUUUGAACAACUUACUGAAAGAGGGCUACGACCUGAUAUGGUUACAUACAAUACAAUGGUUUGUGGUUAUUGUUCUCUGCGAAGGGUAGAUGAAGCUGUUCACCUCUUUCAACAAAUGACACAGGGACAGUGUAAACCCAAUGCCAUCACUUGCAGUAUAUUGAUAGAUGCUUUCUGUAAAGAAGGUAAAAUGGACGAUGCAGUGUUAUUGUUUGAUCAAAUGCUGGAAAAGGAUCCUGAACCUAAUGUGGUCACCUAUAGUUGUCUGAUUGAUGGUUAUUUUAAAUCUGAAAACAUGGAAAGUGCCUUUGAACUAUAUGAAGAGAUGCUUCAGAGUAUCUCUCCAAAUAUAGUUAGUUACAGCAUCCUCAUUGAUGGUCUUUGCAAAAGAGGACUGAUGAAGAAAGCAGCUCUUGCAUUUCAUUCUGCUAUAAACAGGGGUCUGGUGCCGGAUGUAGUAGCAUAUGGGAUCCUGAUUCAUGGUUACUGCAAGGUUGGAAGAACGGCAGAAGCCAUGGCAUUGUACGGUCGUAUGUUAAUAAGUGGAAUCAUGCCGGAUGCUAUCAUACAAAGGAUGAUUGCGAAGCACCUUCUUGAAAUUCAGUCCCACCAAAAUAUGAGCGCCCAACCAGAUGUUCUGUAAGAUAUGUUCUGUGGUACUGAUACAGUAUGCUACAGGAGUUUGUAAGGGGACCUUUUACCCUAUCUGGUACAACUAAUUAGGCAACUCAUUAACAUCUGAACCAUCUUCUGGGUUCCUUUUUUGUAUUCAACUGUAUAGAUGUAUAAUUUAGGGUUUAGGUUAAUUGUAAACAAUACAAAGCUAUUGUAAACAUUUAUAUUUGUUUCCUUCAGGUUAAAUGGUACCAUAUUUCUUGA